AUGUCGCGUCCUUCCUUCGAUACACUGGCAACUGCCGCACUCGCCGCAUGCACUGCUACCACAUUCUCAAAUCCAGCAGAGGUCGCCAAAACCCGGUUGCAACUGCAAGGCGAGCUGGUCAAAAAGGGAACAUACCAGCCCGUGUAUUUGGGACCGACGGACGUACUCCGAAAGGCAUGGCGUUCAGAAGGGAUUCAGGGGAUUCAACGUGGGCUUACGGGGGCCCUUGCGUAUUCGGCCCUUCUCCAAACCUGCAUCCUUGCUCUUUACGAACCAUUCCGUGGCGCUCUCAACGUUCUCGCUGGAAAGACGCCAUCUGAUAGGUAUCUCGCCAGCACGAUCGGUGGCGGCACAUGUACCGGGAUUGUCGGAGCAUUUCUAGGGAACCCACUGUUUCUCAUCAAAGCUCGCAUGCAAGCGUAUUCUCCAGCGUUUCCCGUCGGGGCUCAACGAUACUACAAAUCUGCUUGGGACGCUCUGAGGAGUAUCUAUAUCUCGGAUGGUUUUACUGGUCUCUUUCGUGGUUCGAGUGCGGCUAUGUUUCGAACAUCACUUGGCACGUCUGUUCAAAUGCCUACAUACUUCUUUGCCAAAUCUCGGCUGGUUGAGUAUGGCAUUUUGCGGGCGGAAGCCCCUUUGACCGUGAUAACGAGCAGUGCGGCCGCUGGUGGCAUGGUGGUGGGUUAA